AUGAAUCGAUUUAGAACCAAGAAGAAGGGCAAGGACGAGAUCCCGCCGCCUCGAUCUUCCCACGAAGAGUCGUCCUCGUCGAGGUUUCAGUUUAGAAAAGCUAAAAAGCCGCAGGAAGAGCCGAAAUCAGAAAUCGAUAUCACCGCGGCACUACCACCGAGUGAUGAUUUCCGCACCAGCUUGCUGAUGACUGGCCUGUCGGCCCGUUUCUCUAUGCUAAGAGAACAAGACGAUCCCAACACCAAAAUUGGAAAAGCCAGUGAUGACAGCGUUCUCUUUCCAAAACGCCAGUCUAGGCUGACCGACUUUGGAACAUUCGGGGGGCUGACAGACAUUUCUGAGGUCGAGUCUAUCAGAGCUCCAUUUGCACGGAUAGACUCGUUCAACUCCUCGGAUGCCGACUCCACUCAUGGGAGUGUCAUGACGCGGGCCAAGCCUAACGAGGGUAAUAACCUCUUCGGUGGCAGGCAGAAGAUUUACAAGAUCCCGGCUGGUACGUCCUCUUCCAAGGCUGUAGGAGGAAUGGGCGGCAGGGCUCUCUACGAUGAUGAUGUUGCAAUGUCGGCAUUCCAGAAAUGGAAAAAAGCUGAGCGGGAGCGUAAGCUUUUGGAGGGCGAGUGCGCCGAGGGUGAAGACAAUUCGAGGCGCCCAUCAACCGAAGAGCCUGAAAUUCGGCCAGAAUCACCGUUUUCUGGAGUGUACGACCGGAAACGAGAGACCUCGUCGACCACCUCGUCUGUUCCAUCUAUGGCACGUAACUCCACAGCCGCGACGUCUGUGACCUCUCAGCAGCCUACGCCUUCGCAAAAAGAAUGGCAAUCGAGUUCGACAGCCCCUGCAUCCGCGAAUUCCACAUCUGCGAACUCGACCACGACGCUUGAGAGGAAUUUCACCCGGACACGGCGCCUCUACGAAACUGGCCUCAACCAUGACUUGCACGAGUCCCAGACGUCGGCCCUAUCUCGCAUUGAUACACUGACUCGUCGUGGAGCCAAAGGCUCGCGUACGCCAGACAUAGGUCAGAGCUCGCCCUCGCCCACUGCCGGCGUGUUCGCGGAGCGGUUCGGCAGCGAACGCCGAAUUCUCACCAAGGCUAGUGCCCCAAAUUUGCGAUCAAUGAGUCCAUCAACUACCGUGUCUUCAUCAGGCACCCCGGAUCUGGGUAUCCGAGUACUUAGCAUCAGCGAGGAGAGGCCCAACUUCAGUGGAGCACCACCAUUGAGCCCCCCGAUCAGUGAAACUGAAGAAAUCUCAGGUCUUGCAAUUGGGCCAAACGAUCGGGGCAAGGCUACGGCCAUGGGCGUUUUCCAAAAGCCAUCACAUCCCUACGAUGAAUCCAAAUAUGCACAGCGGCAAUUGCAGCUUCAACAAGGACGAGACACCCCCACGCAGAGAUUUCGCACUGGAUCCAACGCUUCAUUUGUGACAGACAGAUCAAGGUCGUCAUCAUCCGUUCAGAGACAGCCCUCCGAACCCAAAAUAGACCCGACUUAUUCCCAGACGCAGCCUUCGCCACGGGAUGAUCUUUCAUCUCCAACCUUCUUGUUGUCCGAUGACUCCGAAGGGUCUCCUGUCGCAACUCAGCAGGCAUUCUCUCCACCACGCAUCAUCUCACGCCCAGCCGAUCACGAACACCCAGCGCUCCGUGGUUCUGCUCUGCCAACGCCUUUGUCAGUUUCCUCCGGGCCGAGUGCUGGAACAUCACCAAUCGCAGAACCAUCCCUAACGGUAGUCCCCGCCGUUCACGCGUCUCCCUUGGACUCUCCGACUCUCGGCCCAACAGUCACGUCAUCCACUGGUCUCAGUGGGAUGGUCCGCCAACAUCUGCGUGCAGAUAGUGGCGCGUCAUCCAUCUACGGUGGGGUCCCGGCAACUUCGGGUUUGGAAUCCCGUUUCCCACUGGAUCCUGAAGACUCUCACACCCUGUUGGAUUUUGCUGCCAGAUCAAACCCCUGGGAAUCCCAGGACAGCGCGCGUGAAUGGGACUCAUCUUAUUCUGGGUUUGAAGGCAACGCAGAUCAGAGAGGUCGACGAACUUCAACGGUGGCUAGAGCCAGAAGGGACGAAUCUGAGUCUGCUGCAUCUCGAAGUGGAAACCCGAGAGAGUCGGACGAAUUUGCCAGUCAACUUGCGGACGGUGCGCGCAGGGUUAGAGAGAGGCUCACAACAUAUGUUGAAACGGAUAGUCGUUCGACCUCGCCUCACCCGCCCAGCGAGAGUAAGGAGGUGAUGAGUCCGCAGCCUCCCGCUCGGCCAAAUCCACUGGGGCUCUUGAAGUCAAAGUCCAGUCGUGGAUCUUUGAUUGAACGAAGCCGCGACCCAGUCUCUCAUUCAAAAUCGUUGAAGAUGAUAGGCAUGAAUGGUCGUUCUGCGUCUCCCCACCUGCAGAAGCACUCUUUCGACGAGGUCACGGGUCUAACUUCCACAAAGGAGGAAAGUCCAAGGAAGAUGUCAGCUGAUUUGGUAUCAGAAGAUGGCAGUAGAAUGAAUGGUGGUGAGGAACAAGCAGGUAUUCGUGCUUUCAGACAGGCAAGACGUGACCUACAGAGGCUUAGGGAGCAGGAUACUCAGCAAAAGCACUACGCACCGCCUCAAGGGGCGCUCACAAAUCCCCUAGCUCCUCAGACAACGCCUCUCAAGGAGCGGGCUCAACGACAACAGAACCCAAGUCGAGAGUGUAGACCACCGCCUCUUCACUAUCAACAGCGGGCACCAAGUGAGGACUCACGACCAGGCAGUUCCCGAGCAGGUUCCCGAGCAACCUCACGAGCCGAUCGCGACAGAAGUGGCUCCGAGUCGAGCGGUGAGCAGCCGCGUAGCUCAUCCGAUGAGAAUCGACAACUUGGACCGACAAGCAAUAACACGCCCAUGCUGCGCUCUCCUGGUCUUCCUGGGACCAACAUCAGGCGCUCACCGAUCAUGCCCCCUCAAGGCUAUCCCGGCGCAUCGCCGGCAAGAAUUAAUCCCACUCAUUACAACUCAAGUGGCAACCUCGUGGUUCAACAUCCUCGAGGUUAUGACUCUGGGCAACCUUCACCCAUCUCUCCAAUCUCAUCGCCAUACAUAUCCGGGCCAACCACGCCAAACCCUCUGCCAUCGUCUCUUCGCCCGACCGCCCCUCCCACCCCAGGUGUCAACUCGGACGGUUCAGAGGUUCCGGGCUUAAACGACGCCAUGAAGAGGACUGUAAAGAAGAGGGAUAUAUCUGAGCCCACUUUUGUCAUGUCAACAUCUCGGGUGCCAACCGUGGCGUUGCCUCCACAGGCAGCCGCGAAUAGAUCACGCAGUAACAGCCGCUCGCGGUCCAACAGUAAAACAGAAUCCACAAAAACACGGACGGUAUUUGGGAGUCUGGUUGGGCGCAAGGGUGAAUACAUGGACGAAGGAGCCAACGCGAGCACUCCAAACCUGGCAAUGACCUAUGGCAACGGGACUGCACAAGGCUUCAACGAAGAGAACCGUAGCAUAUUCUCCACUAGCGAUGACGAGAAUCCAAAGCCCGAACGGCGCCGAAUUCGCAAGAUGACAUCGGAGGGUAGUUCAACGAUGCCCACUCGUAUGCGAACCAACAUGACUAAUAACAACAACAAUAACAACAACAGCAACAUCCCGGUGUACAACAUGCCACCAAAGAACAACAGCCAGGCGUACAACAUGUCGCCUCCAGCUUCUCGAAUGGUUGUGACGCAGACCAUGAACCGCGGCAUGCCCGGUGGCAUGAUCUAG